UAGCAUCCCCGGCUGGAGGCUCGCGUCAAUACCGACACUGUCCAUCAAAUUUCAUCAAACUCUCGCAAUCAUCGACCUCGAGUUCCUCUCCCAGGCACGAUGGGUGCUCUUCUCUCUCUUCCACUGCUGGCGGUCCCUAGCAUGGGCACGCUUGUGUCGUUUGCUGCGAGCUGCUGCGGUGCUGCAACCUGCUCCAUGGUGUGCAGUGCUUGUGGCAAGUGCGGUAACAGUGUUGCCACCCGAAUUGCCUAUGCCCUUCUCCUCCUCGUCAACUCGAUUCUCUCCUGGAUGAUGCUCACGCCAUGGGCCAUCGAAAAGCUGGAACGUUUGAUGCUGGAUUACGUCAAAAUCAACUGUCCCAACGGUCAAUGUUACGGUUGGCUUGCUGUCCAUCGAUUCAACUUCGCUCUCGGUCUGUUUCACCUGAUCUUCGCCGGUCUCCUCUUCGGGAUCAACAACACGAAGAAUCCUCGAGCCGCGCUCCAGAAUGGUUACUGGGGCCCCAAGGUUAUCGCCUGGCUGGCUCUCGUCGUCUUGUCCUUCCUGAUUCCAGAUGCUUUCUUCCAGGUCUGGGGCAAUUAUAUCGCCUUCUUCGGAGCCAUGCUCUUCUUGAUUCUCGGUCUCAUUCUACUGGUCGAUCUUGCCCACACGUGGGCUGAAUACUGUCUUGAGCGAAUCGAGAACUCCGAGUCGAGAAUCUGGAGAACCGUCUUGAUAGGAUCAACUCUAGGCAUGUAUGCGGCAUCACUGGCCAUGACCAUCGUCCAAUAUAUCUUCUUCGCCUCAAGCGGCUGUUCGAUGAACCAAGCCGCCAUCACUAUCAACCUCUUGUUCUGGCUCGCCGUCUCCUUCAUUUCGGUCCACCCGACCAUCCAAGAGUACAACCCCAAGGCCGGUCUGGCGCAGGCUGCUAUGGUCGCUGUCUACUGCACCUACCUGACCAUGUCGGCUGUAUCGAUGGAACCAGAUGACAAGCAAUGCAAUCCAUUGAUCCGUGCUCAGGGCACUCGAACCACCUCGGUCGUCAUGGGUGCCAUUGUAACCAUGCUGACCGUGGCGUAUACCACGACCCGCGCAGCAACCCAAAGUCUUGGCCUCGGAAACAACCGCGGGGGCAUCCGACUUCCCGAGGAAGAUGAGCAUGAUCUCGUCACGCAGCAGCCAGGACGUCGCGAGAUGAGAGCCGAAGUUCUGCGCCGAGCUGUCGAGGAGGGCAGUCUGCCGGCAGAUGCGCUGCUGUCAGAUGAUGACGAUGAGGAGUCGAACGGAAAGGCGCCUCACGACGAUGAGCGCUCGAGCACCCAGUACAACUAUUCUGUAUUCCACAUCAUCUUCUUCUUGGCUACUUGCUGGGUCGCCACCCUUCUCACACAGCACAUGGAGGGCGAUGAGAUCACGGACAAUGGAGGCUUCGCAACAGUCGGACGGACAUACUGGGCCAGCUGGGUGAAGAUCGUUAGUGCUUGGAUCUGCUACAGCAUGUAUAUUUGGACUCUGGUGGCCCCUAUUGUCAUCCCAGAGCGAUUCGACUUUUCCUAAAUUUUCAUUUGUUUCACAUAACACGAUAUGGAGUCCUGGGUAGGCAUCGGUAUAUCAAUAGUCUGAAGCAUGGCCGGUGGAGUCGAACACAUAUCAAUGUGUAUCCCGAGAUAAUCAAGUUUCGCAUUGUUCGUCGAACCACAUUCAGUUAGAUGCUUUACUGCGAGUAUAUGCCUGGCGCGUCAGAAGAGAUAUCUAAUUUGUGUUUUCUACGUAUUUCAGUUCUAUAAGCGUGGACAGAUGGUGGUCUGAGAUUCCUUCCAGCAAGAAUAGACAAUGCCUGUGACCUCCGUGACUUGCGGCAAUUUGACUUUUCGGAAGCACAAACAUCUGACCAACUCAUGGACAUACCACCAGUCACCCACCACUCACUACCAUGCAGGCCAG